AUGUUCACUCUACCAGAAUUGAAGUCUGACAUUACUGUCAAUGUCAUUAGCGAUGCUAAGAAAUCUGAAGCCAUUCGCCGUCCAGUUGAGCCAGUCGGUAAGCACUUUUUGCACCACGCUCAAAGAACUUUGAGAAACCACACUUGGUCUGAAUUCGAGAAAAUUCAAGCUGAGCAAAAUGUCAAGAGAGUCGACGAGUCCAACACUGACCCAGAUGAGGCUCUGUUCGACGACGAAUUGGCCGAUGAGAGUCUAUUGGAACACGAUCCAAGAGAUUGGAAGACGGCUGACUUGUACGCCGCUAUGGGUCUGUCCAAAUUGCGUUACAGAGCCACUGAGAAUCAAAUUAUCAAGGCUCACAGAAAGCAAGUUUUGAAACAUCAUCCUGAUAAGAAGUCAGCUUCUGGUGCCGGUUUGGAACAGGACGGUUUUUUCAAGAUCAUUCAAAAGGCCUUCGAGACCUUGACCGACAACAACAAGAGGGCUCAAUACGACUCUUGUGACUUCAACGCUGACGUUGAGCCACCAAAGAAGGGUACUGAGUAUGAUUUCUUCGAAGCAUGGGGUCCAGUAUUCGCCGCAGAGGCGCGUUUCUCGAAGAAGAAGCCAGUGCCUACCUUGGGUGAUUUGAACACUCCGAAGAAAGAAGUCGAGCAGUUCUAUUCAUUCUGGCAUAGAUUCGACUCCUGGAGAACUUUUGAAUUCUUGGACGAAGAUGUUCCUGAUGACUCUUCCAACAGAGACCAAAAACGUUACACUGAGAGGAAGAACAAGGCUGCUAGAGACAAAAAGAAGACCGCUGAUAAUGCCAGAUUGGUCAAACUUGUUGAGAGAGCGGUUAACGAGGAUCCUCGUAUCAAGCUCUUCAAAGAAGAGGAAAAGAAGGAAAAGGAGAGAAAGAAGUGGGAAAGAGAAGCCGGUGCCAGAGCUGAAGCUGAGGCCGCCACAAAGGCUGCUGCUGAAGCCAAGGCUAAGGCUGAAGCUGAAGCUACUGCUUCUGCUGCUGCCAAGGUUGACAAGAAGAAGGCCAAGGAAGCUGCCAAGGCCGCUAAAAAGAAGAACAAGAGAAUUGUUCGUAACGCUGCAAAGGAAGCUGAGUAUUUCGGUGAAGCUGACAAAGCAGCUGCCAUCGAAGAGCAAACUGGAUUCAUUGUUGAUAGCUUGGAUGACGAACAAUUGGUUGCUGUCGCUGAAAAGAUCAAGGCUGACCCACAAGCUGCAAAGCAAGUCCUAAAGGACGCUUCCCAGACUUUAGUGGACGCUAAGAAAUUACCUGCCAGUGUGCUUUCAUACUACUUAUAA